UCCGGGGUGUGGUCGUGCCGAGUGAGUUCUGAUCCCGCGCAGACGCUCGGGCUCGCCCUCGCCCUCGCUUCUGUUUAUCUUCGCCGACGUGCGCUGGGGUCAUGGGUCUCUGGUCGCGUGCGCUGCUGCAGAGCGCGAUGAGGCGGGCGGCGCUUCGGCUUUCUACCUUGAACAGGGAGCUGCUUACUCCUGGCAGAGGGCUGACUCAGGGAUCCCAGAAUCCCGAGAAGCAGAGAGUCUUCCAUAUUCAUGAAGCAUGUUCACCUCUACACGUGAACCAUGUUCGAGAUAAGUUGCGGGAGAUAGUAGGAGUAUCUACAAACUGGAGAGAUCAUGUGAAAAUAAUGGAGGAAAGAAAAUCGCUUCAUAGAUUUUUGGCUAAGUCACAGAAUGGACUGCCACCUAGGAGAAUGAAAGACAGUUAUAUCGAAGUUCUCUUGCCUUUGGGCAGUCAGCCUGAAUUACGAGAGAAAUAUUUGACUGUUCAAAACACCGUAAGAUUUGGCAGGAUUCUUGAGGAUCUUGACAGCUUGGGAGUUCUUAUUUGCUACAUGCACACCAAAAUUCAUUCAGCUAAGAUGUCUCCUUUAUCUAUAGUUACAGCCCUGGUGGACAGGAUUGACAUGCGUAAGAAGAGCCUAAGCCCAGAACAGGACAUCAAGUUCAGUGGCCAUGUUAGUUGGGCGGGGAAGACAUCCAUGGAAGUGAAGAUGAACAUGUUCCAGUUACAUGGCAAUGAAUUUUGUCCUGUUUUGGAGGCAACAUUUGUAAUGGUGGCUCGUGACUCUGAAAAUAAAGGGCCGGCAUUUGUAAACCCACUCAUCCCUGAAGGCCCUGAGGAAGAAGAGCUCUUUAGAAAAGGAGAAUUGAACAAGGGGAGAAGGGUCGCCUUCAGCUCCAUGUCGUUACUGAAAAUGGCUCCCAGUGCUGAGGAGAAGACGACUAUACAUGACAUGUUUCUUAGCACGCUGGAUUCGAAGACUGCAAGUUUUCGAAGUCGAGUUUUGCCCUCUAAUGCAGUGUGGAUGGAGAAUUCAAAGCUGAAGAGCUUGGAAAUCUGCCACCCUCAGGAGAGGAACAUUUUCAAUCGGAUCUUUGGCGGUUUCCUCAUGAGGAAAGCAUAUGAACUUGCAUGGGCUACUGCUUGUAACUUUGGUGGUUCCCGACCGUUUAUAGUAGCAGUGGAUGAUAUCAUGUUUCAGAAACCUGUCGAAGUUGGAUCGUUGCUGUUUCUUUCUUCCCAGGUUUGCUUUACUCAAGACAAUUACAUUCAAGUCAGAGUACAUAGUGAAGUGGCCUCUCUGCACGAUAAAGAGCAUACGACCACCAAUAUCUUUCAUUACACGUUCAUGUCAGAGAAAGAUGUGCCCUUGGUUUUCCCCAGAACAUAUGGAGAGUCCAUGUUGUAUUUAGAUGGGCAGCGGCAUUUUAACUCCAUGGAUUUACCGAUGACCCCGAAAAAGGACUACCCGUGGAGCCCCGGGGAAACUGCGCUUGUUGGAGACCAGCAGUCCUCGGAGACACAGUGCCCAGGGAAAGCCUGAGCACUUGUAUCGGUUUUAGUGUUUAUUCUCAUCUUCCAUAGCGAAAAACAAUGUAUUCAGCUUUUAGGAUGAUCAGAAAAGCAAAACGAAUAGAGCAGCUGGGUAGGCAGAGGGAGAGAGAGUUAUUAAAUAAUCAAUACUUUGAAGACAAUAUGAAUUGUGAACCCACCAUGUUGCCUUCUGCCUGCUAAAGAAAUUAGGGCAGAUGGCUUUUUAUGCCAUUGGAAACAUUCUUUUCUUAUACAUAUCUCAAACUAUCAAUAUAUAUGUGGCUUCCUUCUAAGGAGUUCGGAGGGCAUUCUUUAAGCCUGACCUUUGCUGCUGUUCCCCUGCGCUGUCUACAUCCCAUCAACCCUACAUGAGUCCUUUGCGUUUUGCCACCCUCCACUUCCCAGCUUUUGUUACAGAGGGUCGAUGGAAAGUUGUGGUGAAGGGAUUUGCUGAAAGAUGUAGCAUUCAGAAAGAUUUGUGGGAAGCUUUAGAUCUAAAGCCAUACCAAGUGGAGGUGUUCGGAGAUGAUCCGGGUGAGGAAACACAGGACCGUGUGUUCAUUCUUUCACUCGCCAGACAACUCUUGAGCGCACUGCACUAGGAGCCGGGCAGGAUGUAUCAUUAAAAAGCAAGAACAAUAAUAAUAACAGCUGCUAAUACUUACAGAACACUUCCUGUGUGCUAGGUAGGCCCAAUCUUCAGCAGUCGACAUGCAUUAGCUCAUUUAUUUUUUUCCACCAGCACUUUGAGGUAGGUUCUGUAACCCUCUCACAGGGCUAGGUCACUCAGGAAACUGAAGCACAGAGAGGUUAAGUCACUUGCUCAAGGUCCCACCGCUAGUAAGUGGUGGUGCUGGGAUUCAGAACCACACUGUGUGGGGCCAGGGUACUCUUGAACAGUACACCAUACUAUUUUCUGGGACUACAGCAAGGGAGGCCAUACCUAGUAUCACAGUGUCACCUAGGAACCCAAAGGCAGGUAUUCCCAUGAGUCUGCAGCCAAGACAGUUUCUUCCCUUGAUGGAAUGAGAAGUUGAUCAAAUUCAGAAGAGAAAGACGAGGCUGCAUAGAAGAAAAAAGUCAUGUCUGAAGGUGUGCCCAGGAAAGAUUCAGUCUUUAUGUGGGUUCUAAAUUAGUGGUCACAAACUUGGCUUUGCCUCAGAAUUAGUUGGAGUGCUUUUAAAGAAAAUCAUAUUACUUUAGUAUUUACUGAGAUCACAGUUACCAUGAACAGGCACUUCUGGCAUAGUCGGUCAUAGGCACAAACACGACUGCUGGGGAGGCGUGCCAUGUGACUCCCGGAAUCGGGCCUGUGUGGCACGAUAGCUUGCUAGCAUCAGGCCUCAUCCCUACACAGGACUUACUACUACCGUCCCGAGCUUCGCCUGGCCCUUCAGCGCAGCAUUUUACACAUCUACCUGUAGACCCCUUGGGGCCUCAGAGGUGACUGACAGGAAGGGAUGUGCCCUGGAGAGUGGCGUGAAUGUUAAGUGGAGUCCAAUAAAGAGACUUACUGCUUCCUUUUAUACAGAUUAUACAAGUAUACAUUUAUCCAUUUAUUGCUGUACAUCAAAGCUUUUUCUAGAAUUUUCCUUGCUAUUAUAAGCAGCAUUGCAGUAAAUAUCCUAAGUAGCUAAAACAUUUAAUCCUUAAAUUAUUUCCUUAGGAAAAUUGUAGAGAAGUGAUGUCUAUUAAAAAUAGUAUGCACAUGUUGAAUGUUUUGAAUAUGUAUUUCACGUAACCCUCUAAAGCAGCUGCAUGCAUCACUUACUCAUCAGCACUUUCCCUGAACUUUGCCACAUUUUAUCCUAUUCUUUGAAAAACAUCUUUCCCAUUUUCCUAGGUGAAAAAUGCCAUUCAUUGACUCUGAAUUGUACUGACAUGUACCUUUAAAAAAAUUUCUCAUUGUCUUUUUAGUUAAAUUACUUGUUAUAGUAAUUUUGGAUGUCAGAAUAUUAACCCUAAAGUCUGUUAUCUACCAAUAAAGAUUUUUAUGUUAUAAGAACUAGAGAUUUUAACACAAGACUUUAAGAAGAUGAGAUGAAGCAAACUAUGAAGGAAAUACAGUAGGUUCUAGAUA